AGGUGAUUGCAGUGUGUCUAUCAACUAAGGCCUGGUGUUCUUUCUUGAACCACCAUCUACCUAGGCUGGAUAACUGGUUUAAUUACUCGAUUUAGAAUAUGGCUGAAAGUAGAUCUCAACAGAAGCAAAAUGACGGGCCCUCUUACUAUGCACAGGCAGUAUCAAACUCGUUGCGAACUCCUCCAUUAGGCUUCGUCGUGCACAGUCACKACAUCCGACAUACCUACCUCUUGAAAGAAGACAUCGCCAAAUAUAGCUCACUUCAUGACUCUUUGGAACGUGUGUUUUCCAAACCCUUGUUUAGCUGUGGAGGGAGUUUAAAGCCAAAUGACAUCGAUAAAUUCGUUUUACAAGUGAAACCUUUAACUUCCGAGGAAGACCAAAACAACUGGAAAGAGUUUGACCUCGCAAAGGGCAUUGACGUGGAAMAGCUGCUCAAGUAUUGCACUCCGGCAACAUUUGGAGACUUGAAGGAAAUGAAAACGCUAAUUGACUCUGAUGUUCGUCUAGCCAACGCAAUUGAAUCAGAACGRUUCAAAAUUGGAAUACGWUUUGCUAGUAGGUCCGAAUCCCAUUCAGGGAUGUAUCUCUGCGUUCCUGGAAGAAAGUCUAUCGAAAAGCACAUUGAAAAUGUACUGGCACCAGGACGGUAUGUAAAAUUGGAUCARUACAAGCUGAACAUCUARAGCAAAGGAGGGUUUUUCAAACCUCAUGUUGAUAGRCCAUCGGGAGAAAACAUGAUUGGAACUCUGGUUGUUUGCCUGCCAUCACCCCAUAAAGGCGGAGAACUGUGUGUGAAUCAUGAUGGACUUCAACARAUSUUUGACUUCUCGUCGRAUUCCGAAGAUGUAAGRAGAAUUCAGUGGGCAGCAUUUUACAGUAAUUGRAUUCAUGAAGUAAAGCCAGUCCUUGAAGGAAACAGGAUCACUAUAACCUAUAAUAUUACCUUGGAUASACURAAACAGCGUUCCUUSAKUUACCAAGCGAGUGAUUGGGACAAUCUAUCUCAAGAUGAGAAUUUCGAAGCCAGUGRAGCAUGCCCCUCCCUGGCCACUGAUGCUCUUAACAACGUUCACAACGAGCUGGAAAAGAURAGAAAACAGAAGGRAACUACCGGCUCGCCGUCCAAGAUUGGAUUUUUUCUAAAGCACAAGUACAUUCCAAGUGGUCUUCAGCAAAGUAUGCUUAAAGGUGAAGAUAAAGCACUGUUUGAAUUCUUAGUCGGCAAACAGUGGAAAUGUGAGCUCAAGAGSMUCCUUUCAAGAUARCAAACUGAUUSUYAKGYAYGWKYMGYUWKCUGGSUCGGAAAUSAAGRCGAACCCGUUGGAGUUGACAAAAUAUAUUUAGAAUCAGUGGUUAUUGUACARCUUUGAAUACUUUUAUUCAAAAAGAUUUAGUCUCAUAAAAGUCUAUAUCAGCCAAUCAACUAGCCUUCUCCUAAUGCCAAUCUAUAUGAACCAAGUGAUUGUUGUAGCAUGCUGAUUGUUGUCAGGUAGAUGUCUGUCAGGUAUCAGCUAAUCAUGUUUGAAUAUGAAGACGUCGUUGUUUGAGCUUGAUUACAAUUCUUUAAAAUUUAUAGCUAAUAACUAGUAGUUUUAAUACAUUGUAUAUCUGUAUAAUAUCUCAGAUGACUCGAAAACAACAGUACAGAUCAGUACAAGAUGGGUGUUCCAUAUUUAGCAUUGGACCACUACGUUAGCUUUCAGAACUUUUUUAGUGGCUGAAGGAAUCCAGGUCAUUCCUUUGAUUGUUGUAACUUGUUGAGUUCUUGAAAUGUAGUUAGGUGUAGAUUGAAUAACUCUACUAUUCAAAAACACACGACUGAACAUGUUAAGUUAUGUCUUAAAGAAAAGCAUAACUAGUUUCCCAAAUGAUGUCAACAUUAUAUUGCAAUAAACGUUUGUGAUUUCCUUCA